AUGGAUUCUCUUUAUCUCUGGCUUGUACCGUCCCUCAUUAUUUUUUCAAUUCUUGCAAGGAGCAUAUACCGUCUUUACUUUCACCCGCUUAGCAAGUUCCCGGGUCCGAAAUUGGCUGCGAUCACUCAUCUUUUCGAGUUCUAUUACGAUGUGGUACAAGACGGGAUGUUUCUCUGGGAAAUUGAAAAAAUGCACGAGAAAUAUGGUCCAAUUGUCCGAAUCAAUCCGCGCGAACUCCAUAUCAAGGACCCUCACUACUACGACCAGAUAUAUGUCUCGGGAGGCAAAAAGAGGAACAAGGAUCCACAUUUUGUCCCUUUAUUCGCAGCCCCCCUUUCAAUGAUAACGACCGUUGACCAUGAGCAUCAUCGUUUCCGGAGGGGUCUUCUCAGUAACUUCUUCUCCAAGAAGUCAGUGGCCAACAUCGCUCUACUCAUUCAGAGCAAGGUAGCGAGUUUAACAGAUCGAUUUGAGCAAGCCUACCGAGAUGGGACGACUGUAGAUCUGACAGCAGCCUUUUGUGCUCUCACAGGCGACAUCAUCUUUCAGUAUACUUUCGGUGAAAGCUUAGACUUCUUGCAUGAUAACAACUUUAAGAAUGAUAUUCGCGGCAGCAUUCUAGAACUGGAGAGUGUCAACCAUCUGAAUCGAUUCGCCCCGAUCCUGAUUCAGCUCUUCCAACUCAUGCCAUCCGGUAUAAUGAGCCUUUUCAAGCCCGCCACAGCUGCACUGCUGGGAGAAGUGACCAAAAAAUCACAGCGCGCAUUACAGAGCAGCGACCAUCAAUCCUCUGACAAGAAAGACCAGACAUUGCUUGAAGCGCUCAGCUCACCAACAAUACCUGCUGAUGAAAGAACCUUGGCCCGCCUAAAGGAAGAAAGCAUGAUCCUCCUAAGCGGAGGCACAGAGUCUCCUGCCAAUGCACUUUCUGUGGCCGCAUUCCAUUUGUACAAUGACAAAUCUAUAAUCAGAAAGCUCCGGGAAGAGCUGCAGCCGGUGAUGCCCUGUGCUGGAGAUUCUGUGCCUCUGGCAGACCUGGAGCAGCUGCCAUAUUUGACUGGGGUUGUCAAUGAAGCUCUCCGACUGUCCUAUGGUCUCGUCUCUCGACCACCACGAGUUGCACCGGACGAGGCUUUGACAUACGGGGAUUUCACCAUCCCACCGGGAACCCCGGUUAGCACAUCAAGCUAUUUCAUGAAUACAGAUCCUACUAUAUUCCCAAACCCAGAGUCAUUUAAUCCAGAGCGCUGGAUCCUAGCAAAAGAGCGAGGUGAAAAUCUCACCCGAUUCAUGGCAUCGUUUGGGAAAGGAAGCAGAGCGUGCAUUGGCAUAAAUCUAGGCUACGCAGAGCUGUAUUACACCAUAGCUGCUAUGGCUCGCAGAUUCGACUUUGAAUUGUGCGAGACUACCGAGGACAAUAUUCGGGUUGUUCGUGAUCGUGGACUCCCGUUUUCGAAGGACGGUCACUGGCGGGUUAAAGCUAAAGUGUCGAAGAUUUACCACUAG